AUGAGAGCGCUCCCACAUGACAAAACUGCUGCGCGUCUGGAAACCAGGAACGGAGGACGGGCGCUUUUGGAAGCAGCCGGUGACAAGUCCGCUCCUGCAGCUCUUCUUCCCGCUGAUCCAUCCCCCCAAAAUACGGCCUGGGACGUUAGUACUGCUUUGACUCUGCGCCUGCUCAUGCAGGGAGCUGUCGUCUGCUUGAUCCCUCAGCCCAACUGAACUUUAUAGGGAUGAUAGUUUCAGCGGAGCAUCACCGCGCCGAACGCACAGAUAGAGCAGGAACAGCAGAGAAAUAAGAACCGCUUGUUUUCAUCUUUUUUUUUUUGCAGUACUUUUGUUUUAUUUUAUUUUGUUCGGGUCGACUCUCAAAGCAGGAGGAGAGGGAGAGACUGUGCGUGCGUGUGCAGGAGAGAGAGAAAAAUCGCGCAGGUUUUUUGGAGCUACGCUUUCAUGCCGUCAGUCUCACGGACUCUGAGAUGGACGUCAGGUUUUAUCCAGCUCCCCCAGCAAGCGUGGGUUCAUGUACGUUACCGACUGACUCCAGCUUGGACUAUUACCACUCCAACAAGGCCAGAUACGGCACUGCGGAUCGAGGGGUAAGGCUCUACAGCUCCCUGCCUAUGCGCCCAAACCCCGACGGCAAGAGACUGCCCUCUACUGGAUUUGAUGGUGACAACAUGUACAUGAAUGAAAACAACCAAGAGUUUCUCCCGCCAAACCAAAGCUACACGGGUCAGACGGGUGGCGGUGGAGGAGGCGGUGCCUCCAGUGGAAGUGGAGCCGGGGAUGAAGACUAUGAGAUACCACCCAUCACUCCCCCCAACCACCCCGAACCUCCUCUUCUGCACCUGAUGGAGCACGACUCCGCAGGCUACCUCUGCCAUUCGCUGCAGCACAACGGGCUCAUAAACCCUUAUUCCUACCCAGAGCUGCCCACACUCAUGAUGUCCAACAUGCUGGCGCAGGACAACCACCUUGUCUCCAGCCAAAUGCCCUCGAUGCAGGAGAUGGCUUUGCACCACCACCAACAGCAACACCAUCACCAGCAGCCCGACGGCGCUCUUUAUGACCCCACCCGUAACCACCCCCUGAUAAACAACUCACCUUCAAUACUGCCAAACCCCAUGAGUGCACUGACCCAGCUAAACCCUCUGGUCAGCCGGAGUGCACUGCCUCACGGUUCCCCCUCACCUCCCGGAAGUAAAUCAGCCACACCUUCCCCUUCAAGCUCCAAUCAGGAGGAGGAGACUGAUCCUCAUUCGAAGAUCACAGGGGAGAAGCGGCCAUCUUCGGAGAUCAUGAAGCCCAAGCCCAAACCCCCAAAGAAGAAGAAAAAGAAGGACCCCAAUGAACCGACGAAGCCCGUGUCGGCGUACGCCCUGUUCUUCAGGGACACCCAGGCGGCCAUCAAGGGGCAGAACCCCAACGCCACCUUUGGAGACGUCUCCAAAAUAGUGGCCUCCAUGUGGGACGGCCUGGGGGAGGAGCAGAAACAGAGCUACAAGAGGAAAACAGAGGCUGCUAAGAAGGAGUACCUGAAAGCCCUGGCCGCCUACAGAGCCAGUCUGGUUUCCAAGACGUAUAACGAUCCAGGGGAAACAAAAGGUUCCCAAACGAGCCAGGCUUCUCCACACAUGAUGCCAGGAAACCCGCCGCUCUACAGCGUGCCACACCCCCCUCAGGCGUCGUCACCGUACCUGGGGCCGGGGGCCUUCCCUCUCUCUGACCUGCAGAGCUACGCGGGACACGCCCCUCGCCACGCUCUGUCCCAGACGCUCAGCCAAUCACAGAUGCUGCCCAGCAUUAGUGCCUCGCCCCCUUCCUCCUUCCAGAUCAGCCCCCCCCUUCACCCCCACCAGCAGCUCUCCCUGCAUCAGAGCUCGCUCCUCAACCAGCCAAUCCGCAUGCAGCAGGUCCAGUCCCAGUCAAUCAUUUCUCAGCAAAUGGGGAUUCAGGCUUCUCUGCACUCCCCCCCACCCGGGCAGCAGGGGUUUUCCCACCUCCAGUCAGAAUACCAGAAGAGCAUCGGCGGUUCCCAGUCUCCAGGAGCUCCUGGCUCUGGUCCAGGUCCUGGAGUGGCUCAGACCCAUGACUGGGAUGGUGAAUACUGCAACCGCGAGUGUGGGAACCACUGCAGUGGCAGCAUGAUAGGCAGGGACAAGCCGCUCUACCUCACCUGAAACUGAAGAUCAAACUCUGCUGACAAAAUACCACACCAAGGAGUCCACUCUCAUGGCCACUCUCCUCCUUCUCCUCUCCCACCCCCCCAAAAGCCCUGAUCUGAUGCACACUCGUACAUACAGUGCAAACUCAGCACACACACACACAUUUACAAAUACACACCCCCAAUUUCUGAACACAGCCACCUUUUUUUUUCUUGUAAAUGUAACUCUUUUUUCUUUUUCUUUUUUUUUCUCAGUUUCUAGACUUUGUGACCAGUUUUUGGACUAGAUGACUACUGUCUGUACCGCUUAUCGUAUUAGCAGUCCUCUUACUGUUUAAAGAUUUUUUUGCCAAGCACUUAAAAAGCAUUGCCCCCCCCCCCUCCAUUCCACUGCUCCUGAGUCUCUCUGGUUCAGGGUGGGUGAGCUCCAAAGCUCCCCAAUUCCUGGUCCCCAUCAAAGUCCCUUCAGGGGCCCCAUGCAGCUUUAAUUAGAUUGAAAGGAGAAGGGGGGGGAAAUCCCCUUCUUCCUCUUUAAUUCUUCCACUUUAUUUUGAUUUAGCUUUUUCUAUAUUGUGUCUUAUUUAUUUCUGGCUUACAAAAUUGUUUCUCUUUUAUUUAAUAUUUCCAUUUUUGUUUUGUUUUUUUGUUGCCAAUAAGCAAACGGGCCCUGUACUGUAGAGAAAUGAUGACUUCUAGUAGGCCUUGAUGUUAUGGUAGCUUUGCUUUAGGGCCCAAAAAUUAAUACAAAAACCUAGUGGGGAAAAGAAGAAAACAAAAAUAAUCAUGUUUUUUAUUUGUUUUUUUUUUAAUAAAGACUUGUUGAGGUCUACUGAGCUGUCACAGUGUGAUUGUAAAUAUCACUUUUAUGGCAUCAAACUAGGAAUCGGAGGUCCAGGUAGAUCUAUUUCUUCUUUAAUAUUACAUGUAUGUUAUCGUGUGUGCGAGCGGGUGUGUGCGUGUCUGUCUGGACGCUCCUGGCGCGAGCGGCGUGCAGCGGCCGGCUCAGCGUUUCGAGUCCUUCCGGUGAAUUUGAACAGGCCUGUACAGCUGGAUUUCCGAGGAGCAUUUCACACUUUCCUUCUUGCAUUAAAUCUGUGCUCACUGGUGUGUUUUUUUUUCCAAUAAAGUUCAAUCUAAAACUGAAUACACAAUAUGUGUCCUGCAGAUCAUUAAAUGGAAAGAGUCAGGUGAGAGAUGGAGACAGCAAAGCAGAAAGAAACGCUUUGAGAUUAAAUGAGAUGUAACAUUGCAAGUUGAAAGAGGAGAGAGAAAAAAGGGGGGAAAAAGGCUUGCCCGGUUUUUUUUCCCCCCUUUUUUUUUCUUCCAUCUUGUCUCAUUACUAUGAAUAGAUGAUAAACUGCAAUAUGUGAAUGAGUUCAUCACAUUUGUAUCACAGUGAUUUUUUUUUUCUUUCUUUCCUUUUCCUCCCGGUCGGCAUUAAAAAUCUCAUGUUUAUAACUUUUUGUGUGAAUAACAGAAAAUGCAUUUUGCUGACUGGUUUUUAUCUCAUCCGUGUAGCUAAACUUCAGUUUUAGUUGCAGCAAGACAAGAAUAUUUUAAGUUGUGAAAAAAAAAAACAAAGUGAGAAAAAUCUGCCAAUUGUAGUCAUUUUGUUUGUAAAGCUAGUAUGAAUAUUUUAAAUGAUUAUCAGUAUAUUGUUUUCUGCUAGAUGCCCAUCAGCGUUUUUACAAGUUUUCUUAUUUAUGAAAAACUAAAAAAAGUUAUAUCCCUUUUGCUUUUUACAAUGGAGGUGACUUUUUAAUUCCUAUUUUAUUUUAUUUUUUUGCUCUGGUUUGAUAUAAAAAUGAAACAAAAAGAUGAUCCACAACCAUGAUAACUUCAUUAUUUUUUUUAUAUUUUAGGUGCUGUUCCUUUCUUUUUUUUUUUUUUUUUUUCUUGCCAGCAGCCCCCGUUUGUGUCACAAUCCUUCUUUUGUCUCCAACCUGCAUAAUAAAGAAAAAAAAAAUAAAACUUGAAAAGUGAA